UGACGUUAGUGGAAUCUAGUUAAAGAUUCUAUAGAUACUUGAAUUGAGCUUGACCCGAAUACUUUUCCACAAGGCCCAGGGGUUUAUUCACAUAUCAUUUUAGCACCCAUUGGCUCCCGAUAAAGUUGUCUAGAUAUCAACACCACAAUGUCCCUCAGAACUCAACUAUUAAGAGGCAGCAAGCGUUUCAUAUCCGCUUCUUCUAGAAAGAUGGCCGAUGUGGAAGUGAUUGUCGAUGGCCGUAAGGUGUCGGUUGAAGCCGGUUCCUCCAUCAUUCAAGCAGCUGAAUUGGCUGGUGUCACCAUUCCUCGUUACUGUUACCACGACAAAUUGGCUAUCGCUGGUAACUGCCGUAUGUGUUUAGUCGACGUCGAGAAGAUGCCAAAGUUGAUUGCUUCCUGUGCUAUGCCUGUCCAAAACGGCAUGGUGGUGCAUACUGAUUCCGAAAGAGUCAAGAAGGCCAGAGAAGGUGUUACCGAAAUGUUGUUGGAAAACCAUCCUUUGGACUGUCCAGUUUGUGACCAAGGUGGUGAAUGUGACUUGCAAGAACAGUCUCAAAGAUAUGGUUCUGACCGUGGUAGAUUUACUGAAGUCAUGGGUAAGAGAGCCGUUGAAAACAAGGCAAUUGGUCCAUUAGUGAAAACUUCCAUGAACAGAUGUAUCCACUGUACCAGAUGUGUCAGAUUCAUGAACGAUGUUGCUGGUGCCCCUGAAUUGGGUACUGCUGGUCGUGGUAACGAUAUGCAAAUUGGAACAUACAUAGAAAGAAACAUCAACUCAGAAAUGUCUGGUAACAUCAUUGACUUGUGUCCAGUUGGUGCCUUGACAUCCAAGCCAUACGCCUUCAGAGCUAGACCUUGGGAAUUGAAGAGAACCGAAACCAUCGAUGUUAUGGAUGCAGUUGGUUCUAACAUCAGAGUUGACGCCAGAGGUAUUGAGGUCAUGAGAGUUUUACCUAGAUUGAAUGACGAAGUGAACGAAGAAUGGCUUUCUGACAAGUCGAGAUUUGCCUGUGACGGUUUGAAGACUCAACGUUUGACCACUCCUUUGAUCAGAAAUGGUGACAAGUUUGAAACUGCUACCUGGGAUGAAGCUCUUUCUACUGUUGCUGCUGCUUAUGCCAAGAUUGCACCAAAGGAUAAUGAAAUUAAGGCCAUUGCUGGUGCUUUGACCGAUGCUGAGUCUUUGGUUGUCUUGAAGGACUUGGUCAACAAAUUAGGUUCUGAGAACGUUACCACCGACGUUAAGUCUGCUGUUGAAGCCCACGGUGUUGACAUCAGAUCCAACUAUAUCUUCAACACCUCUAUUGAAGGUAUUGAAGAUGCUGACCAAAUCUUGUUGGUCGGUACUAACCCUAGACACGAAGCUGCUGUCUUGAAUGCCAGAAUUAGAAAGGUUUGGUUGAGACAAAACUUAGAAAUCUCUGCUGUUGGCCAAGAAUUCGAAUCUACCUUUGACGUUUCCAACUUGGGCGCUGAUGUCAAGGCUUUAGAAAAGGCAUUAUCCAGUGAAGUUGGUGAGAAAUUGGCCAAGGCUAAGAACCCAUUGAUCAUUGUUGGUUCUGGUGUUGCUGAAUCCGAAGACGCUCAAGCUAUCUACAAGUUAGUUGGUGACUUCUCUGCUAAGAAUGCUAACUUUAACACCGGCGAAUGGAAUGGUCUCAACUUGUUGCACCGUGAAGCUUCUCGUGUUGCUGCCUUGGAUCUUGGUUUCGCUACUUUAGACCCUGAAGUCGCUGCUACCAAAGCUAAAUUCAUUUACUUAUUAGGUGCUGAUGAAAUUAAGAACCAAGAUAUUCCAAAGGACGCCUUUGUUGUUUACCAAGGUCACCAUGGUGACUUGGGAGCUUCAUUUGCUGAUGUCAUUUUGCCAGGAUCUGCUUACACCGAAAAGGCUGCUACCUACGUCAACACUGAAGGUAGAGCUCAAUCUACCCGUGCUGCCACCAACGCUCCUCAAGCCGCUCGUGAAGAUUGGAAGAUUAUCAGAGCUUUGUCCGAAUAUUUGAAUGCUAAGUUGCCAUAUGAUGAUAUUCUUGCUGUUAGAACUAGAUUAGGUGAGGUUGCCCCACACUUUGUCAGACACAAUGUUAUUGAACCCGUUUCCAAGGACAUCGCUCAAAUUGGUUUCCUUGAUUUGGUUAACAAGAACAAGUCUGCUAAGAUUGUUGGCGGUGCUUUGAAGAACCCAAUUGAUAACUUCUAUUUCACUGAUGUCAUCUCCAGAUCUUCUCCAACCAUGGCUAAGUGUAUCUCUGCCUUUGGUGCUAAAGUUGACAAGAUCACUGACUCCAAGCCAGACAUUAACUUUUAAUUAAGUCGAUUCUCAAUACCUUACCAACUGCAUAAUCAUAUUUAUUCUACUGGAGUGACCAUCCUACCAAUGCUCCAACAAAAUUAGCAAUGCUAUAAAAUUCAUACAAUAGAAAUUGGAGGCAUGAGAACUACACAGUGCUAUAUGCGGCACAUUCUCCACUAUAUUUGAAUUGAAUUCUCAUACUUGUUCUCAUAUAAACUUAUCUUCAAAAUCCGUUUUCCUAAGCAUUUCCUUCUUUUUUUAUCUCAUAUCUUCAUUGAUUAUUAAUACACA